ACAGGACCAAAACGACAGAAACAUGGAGAUCAACAUGGAGUCCAAAAUCACCGUUGUCGCAAUCAGCAUAGCCAUGGCUUUGGUGUUCAUCACGCAACACGUAUGGGCCGGACAGCUGCCCCCUGUCUGUCAGACCUGGAACUCCACAGCCGUGGUGUGUACAGGACAGGGCGAUCAAUGGGAGUACCCAACCCGCGCUACUCUAACCCACGUACCACCCGGCAUUCCCGAGUCUGUCGUCACCUUGGAUCUCAGCGGAAACAACAUCACUGAACUGUACAAGGACUCUUUCCUAGGGCUGACUGCUCUGAGGUACUUGGCUCUGCGCGGCAACAGCAUCGCCAAAAUAUACAACGGUACUUUUCAGGGAUUGAGAAAUCUGAAGCACUUGGAUCUGGCAGACACAUCCAUUCAGGCCAUUGAGGUUGGUGCGUUUGCUGGGUUGGAGAAUUUAGAAAGACUGGAUAUGUGUUGUCCAACUUUACAAUCGACGUUUGCUCUUCAGACUGGGCUUUUCACGGAUCUGCGAAACCUGAAUCAUCUGACAGUUCAAACCACUACCAACAGAGUAGAUGUUGGAGUUUUCAAAACUCUCACUAGACUGAAGUACUUACAGCUAGGUUUGAGCAACAUAACAAGUUUACCUGAUCACAUAUUCGAAUCCUUAACUCUGCUGGAGAACCUGACGAUGACAGAAUCGGAAUUCCAGAGCGGCAGUGAAUUCUUACAACGACCCAAACUGUGGUCACCUCUCCGCAAACUUAAGACAUUAAAUCUCCGCCUUUAUAGCGCCAACGGUUUAAAAUUCGGACCUGUAUUUAGGAACCUGCCGAACUUGGAGGAAAUACAACUAGGUUCUGUAGGCCCAGUUAAUUACAAUGUUGAAAUCUUCUUGCCGCUGUUGUCAACCCUACAACGGCUGGACCUGCGUCUCAGCGCUCACGUCUACACACCAACUGAGCAUCUUAGCAUAGAACCCGGCCUUCUGACGUCACUCACGCAUCUACAGGCGCUAGACAUUCCCUGGACGUCACGUUUCUCCUCUAUCGCGGGGGUGCUGCCUGAGCUCCGACACACACGUGUACAGGAGCUGUCAUUUACCGUGGGUGGGGUCGACAAAAUAGCGGCUGGUACUCUUGCGGCAAUGAAAGGAUUGGACAAUUUGAAAACCCUGUCUAUACUCCUGCCCGACAGCCAAGUCAUUCAGGCUAACUCAUUCACAAAUUUCCCACAUUUGCAAAAGUUAGAUUUGGCGAUAGGAAUUCUGAAUACGGUUAAGAACAAGGCGUUCAAUGGUUUGUCUUCCCUCAUCCAUCUUGAUUUAAGCCAUCAUCUUAUCUAUGCUCUACCACAAGACGUGUUUGAAGGAUUGUCAUCUCUUAAUCAUCUUGAUCUGAGCUAUAACAACUUGGAAAACUCCCAAGCUCGGCUUCCAGAGACCUUGGACUAUCUAGACCUGAGUCAUAAUAACUUGAACAGCAUCAUGGACGCAGAAUCAUUAUCUUUCGCAUUGUCGUUCAACUUCACAGACUUGAAACGCGUUAAACAUCUGAAUUUGAGCCAUAACAGACUGGGAGGUGUUGAAAGUUUGCCUGCGAACAUGACCGUACUCGACUUGCAGCAUAACCAAAUAGGAUAUUACUUGCCCGAUUCUGUAUUCUCCAUUGCAGGUCUGAAGUAUUUAGAUCUCUCUCACAACGACAUCAGAACUACGUCCGAGGCAACAGUACAGUCAUCAACGUUAGAAACACUGAGACUGGAUAACAAUGGUUUAGUGGGGAUAGACGCGACGUUUAUGAAAGGGCUGAGGAAACUGAAAAUAUUGACUCUUUCGCACAACCACAUCGGUGUUAUAGGGACAGGGAACUUUCAGUGGUUGGUCCAGUUGGUUCAGCUCGAUCUCAGUCAUAACGAAAUCAACACUUUAGCGUCAUUCGCCUUCCGCGGACUAUCGCGGCUAAGAUCCUUGGAUCUCAGUAACAAUCAAAUACAAAAUGUGACAGCGAAGACAUUUGAUGGUUUGGUCAACCUAAGCAUCUUAAACCUGGCAGCCAACAGGAUAGCAGUGAUUGGGGACGUCUUUGAUCGUUUACACGGGCUGAGAGAUUUGCAUCUUAGCAACAACAGACUGAGUGUUUUAAACCAAACCUCCCUGGGUCCUGUUGUGAACCGCCUAGAGAGGCUUGAUGCUGCCAACAACCCCUUUCUGUGUGACUGUAACUUGCGGUGGUUUGUUGAGUGGGCCCAGGGCAAGUACGACACGGUGUUGAACUGGAAUAACCCUUAUUCUAUCUCUUAUCGAAGCUACAAAUGUUUCCGUCCUGCUAAACUGCAUGGGCAACAUUUACUUGAUGGGAUUACACAUCAACAAAACUACAACAAAGGGAAAACACAGUCACAAAGCUUAAGCAUGUUCUUUAACAUGGAUUGUAGUCAUGAAUUCCGACCUAACCGUCUCCUGGCUUGUGUGCUCGCCUCUUCGGGAAUCUUCGUCGCCAUGAUGACCGUUUUUCUUGUCGACUACAACAUCGGGCAUGUUUACUAUUACCUGUGGAUGUGGGCCAAGUGGAGAAAACCGAGGAUCGGAGAGGAAGAAAUUAAUGAACAGCACGCAUACACGCAUGAUGCUUUUAUCGCCUACAACAACGAAGACAUCUUGUGGGUUAUAAAUGAAGCAAUAGAGAACCUGGAACCUGCCUACAGUCUGGUCAUACACGAAAGGGACUUUGCAGUCGGCGCGCCCAUCGUGGAGAACAUCGCUGACGCUGUAGAAAACAGUCGGAGGACCGUCUGCAUUGUCACCAGGAACUUCCUGAAAAGUAAGUGGUGCGAGUACGAGUUCCAGUUGGCCCAGUACCACAUGUUUGAACAAGGAGGAGGAGUGCGACUCAUCCUGGUGUUUUUGGAAGAGAUUCCCAACAGAAUGUUGAAGCGAUUUCGCCACCUGAACGCUGUAGUGAAGAGGGACACGUACCUAAUGUGGCCGGCUGACGUGAGACACAGGCCGCUGUUCUGGAGGCGGCUGCGAGACGCUCUGGGCGAACCUCUGCCUCGGGAACCAGAGCCUGAACAAGUACAUGUACCAACACCGGAACAUCACAUUCCGGAGCAGAUGGAACAAGCUGCCCUCGGGGUAAGUCCGGAACGGCAAGCCCAAUCUCCGGGAAGAAAUGUUCCGGAACAGAGGGGACAAGCUCCGGCAAACAACAUUCUAGAACCCCAGGCUCAAGAUCAAGUAGAUGACAUUCCGGAACAACAUAUGCUGCAUUCGUUCAGGGAUAUUCCUGAUCAACAAAAGACAAAAACUCCGGAAUGUGACAUCACAUUGGAAGAUGCACAAGGUCUAGAACCUGGACUGUUUGUACCGAAACAAACAGAGAUCUGUGCGCAUAGAAACACUGCAAACCAAGGGAUUGAUCCAGAAGAUAGAAUUGUAGAAUCCGAGUCAGAAGACGAUUGGUGUGGACCUGGAGAUGACAUCAUUCUUCUGCCACUAUAACUAUAUGUACUGGUAUAGUUACCUUAAAACGCUGCAUUGCCAGAUGUACGGUUUAUGCCCAAAAAGAAGCGCAUGAUUACGCCGACCAGGUUUAUAUUCAUUUUUUUUAUAUAUUUGUUUGUUUGUCUAUUUUUUCGGUUGGUUAGUUGGUUGGAACGGUUAUCCGGUUAUGAAUAAAAUUCGAUGGUUUAGGUAGGGGUGAUUAGUAGGACUUCAUCAAGGUAAGAAAUCUUGAGAAAGAUUUGAUUGGGGUUCGGUUCUAAGUAACAUUUAUUCAAUUCUGUCGUAAUCUUUACUUGAAUGUUUAAUGUAACAUAUCUUCAAUUGCACACUUUCAAGCUGAAGUUUCACUGACCAUGUGUAAUGUGGUGUACACGUAUACAUAUGAGAAAUGUUGAGUGAGUUUUUAAGUAGUGACAAUUAUGUGACAGAAUGGAAAGGAAUCAUGUGUGUUAUG